UGGCAACCACCCGGCUAAGGCGCCUGCGCCGACUAGGCCGCGCCGCGUCGAGUCGCGCCGCUUCCCGGCGUCACUCUCCUUUCGAAAUCCGGCGCAAUGGCCGGUGAGGAUCCAGACUUCGUGCUCCGCUACUUGGCCGAGGUGGAGGCACUGGCCGAGGAGGUGAUGGCCGCUAGGCAGCAGAUUGUGGAUCUGAAUCAGAAACGGAACCAGAACCGGGAGGCCUUAAGAGCCCUGAACAAGGAAUUGAAUUCUGCUGACAAAGCCACGGUUUGCUUCGGGAGUAUGUUCAUCCAGCUUCCCAAAACAAAGACCCAGGAGAUGCUUCAGAGAGAUCAAGAGCUGUUGGAGGAAGAAAUUGCGAAAUUGCAGGAGGAGCUCAAAGUGAAAGUUAGCAACCUCAUGGAAGCCCAAGGUAAACCGGAGCUGAAAGGCUACGAUUUGAAACCCUUGACGGCUGAAGAAAUGUGGUUCAUGAGGAAAGUGGUGGACGGCUGAGGCGUGGAUUCAACGCGGCGGCCGUUGUCCUGGGCAAUGUGCAAAAGAGAGUUGCUUUCUAUGCUCCGCGCUCCAUGCUUCUACGCUCUCGAGCAUAUUCGCCAAGCCCUGGAGCAUUUCAUGGGCGUCUUCACGCCCUUCUCUUAAAGCUAGUGAGAUGCCUCCAGAUUUGACCAGAGAAGACCUCGUUGACCUUUUGAGGAUUUGGAAAUGUGAAAUUUUUGAGGAGGGAGUCCCUUGAGGUCAGACUUUUGCACUUUGGAGAUUUGAUAUUGAAUGCGAACGUUUGCAAAAUGCGGUUGUAGGCCUUCACGCUUUUCGGCCAGUUUUUUCGGCGCAGGGUCUGUGUGACAGUACAUUGAAUAAGAUUCCAACGUCCGUUGGGAGAAGGGUGAGAAAUGAUUCCUGCUUUGCUUUGGUUGUGUCUGUCCACCCACAACAAUUGUCUCUAUUAAAACUCUACAAAAGAGUUUUAUCC